AUGGAGUACUUCUCCGAAUUGGGUGGCCCCUCCAUAGCCAUUGCAUCGGCUCUUUCAGCCGCUGCAGGGGCAUAUAUCAACGCCAAAUUCUCUAUUUCAACCGAUCUCUCAUUGUUAUACAAAGAACGAUCAUGGGCAAACCGCCUGGGCCAGCGGAUUGCCCAGCUGGGCGAUACCGCCACGCUAUAUAAGUUGCUGGAACGGGUGGUGGAAGUUGACGGACAGGGUGCAGCUGAGGCCUUGUGGUUUGAACAUAAGACGUGGACUUAUAGCCAGCUGAAAGAUCUUGUUGAUAGAUUUGCGUCCUUGCUUCAGACCAAGGAUAUUCAUGCUGGGGACUUUGUGGGAGUUUUCACCACGAAUGCCCCGGAGAUGGUGGUGACGAUCUAUGCACUCUCCAAGUUGGGUGCUGUUGCUGCUCUCAUUAACACCAAUCUGCGCGAUGAUACAUUCACCCAUUGUCUGAACGUCUCCGGAAGCAAAUUUAUUGUGUCCACACCCGACUUGUCGCAAUUCGUGUGUUCCGAACUGCCUCAUUUGGCUCUGAACCUAGGUUCCUUUGAUGGCAGCUCUACGGGAGAAAUUCAAGUGAUCACACCUUCAGAUCUACAACAAUACUCACCGUCUGCGACAACCCCCGCUAAGAGAUCAAUCAGCGAUUUGACAUCGCUGAUUUACACUUCGGGAACGACAGGCAAGCCCAAGGCCUGUGCCAUCCGCAACAUGAUGGUUCUUGUCACGUCCAACCCUAACACGACCGACCUCGAUGAUCGCUCCAAGUACUACCCCCUGCGCACAUACUCCCCUCUCCCACUUUUCCAUGGUACGGCCUUCUUCACUGGUCUCUGUUAUUCAGUUGGAAACGCAGGCACUCUGUGCCUUCGGCGCAAGUUUUCCGCUUCUCAGUUCUGGAAGGACGUUCAUGACUCGAAAGCCACACGCAUCCUAUACAUCGGCGAGCUCUGCAGAUAUCUGCUAUCAACACCCCCUUCCCCUUAUGAUCGUGAUCAUAACUGCAUUGUCGCGAGUGGCAACGGGUUGCGCGGAGAAAUUUGGGAGCGCUUCCGCCAACGUUUUGGAGUCCCGGAGAUUCGCGAGUUCUAUCGGUCAACGGAAGGCGUGGCCAAGUUUGACAACUGGGGUGAAGGAGCAUGGGGUGCUGGAAAGGUGGGAUUUUCCGGCCCCAUUAAGCGACGGUUCGAAGACGAUACGUUCAUCGUCAAGUACGAUACCGAGACGGAGAUGCCCUACCGCGAUCCCAAGACGGGAUUCUGUGUACCGGCCAAGCUUGGUGAAGAGGGAGAGGCGAUCGGUCGGGUCAAGAGCCGCGGCUUGCUGACUGAGUACCUGCACAAUGAGGAUGCUACUGAGAAGAAGCUCCUGCGGGACGUAUUCGAGAAGGGUGACCUCUUCCAACGCACUGGUGACUUGGUUGUGAGGGAUCACGAUGGCUGGGUUCGGUUCCAGGACCGUGUGGGUGAUACUUUCCGUUGGAAGGGAGAGAAUGUCAGCGCUGGAGAGAUUAGAGAUCACAUCUGUCGGAUACCAUCCGUCCAUGAUGCGGUUGUUUAUGGCGUGAAGCUGAAUGGGUAUGAUGGUCAAGCCGGCGCGGCUGGUAUCACUCUGGAGGAUGCCUCUCCCGCAACUGAGGAAAGUCUCAUGGCCAGACUUUACUCGGACUUGAAGAAGAAGGGUGUGCCAUCUUAUGCAUUCCCACGUCUUGUCCGACUCACCGAAAAGGUGGAAACGGGAGUUACGUUCAAACAAGCCAAAGGAGCGUUGACCAAGAAGGGCUGGGACCCUCGGACAGAUUGGGAUGGUGAUAAGCUGUACUGGCUGAAUGGUACAGUCUACCAGAAACUCGAUGAGCAGAGCUGGGCAUCGAUAGAAAGCGGGCAAGCCAAGCUGUGA